GCAGUCCCUCGGCCGCUAGUCGGAGCGAGCACGAGCCAGGAGACUCCCGCCGGGCCGCCCGCACUUGCUGUCGCCGCUCGCAGCCGCGAUCGCCGCCCGGCAACUCGGGAACCCAGCCUGGCUGCGCGGCGUGGGAGGGCUUCUCCGUCCCGGGGGUCGGAUUCCAAACUUGCAGGGGACCGCGGUUCUCCCGGGCCUGGAGAUUGUGAACAGGAUUGCAGAUUUGCAAUGAUAUGGUGAACCCAAAGGCUGAAACCCAAACAAUUUUCUCAGCUCUUUAGUUUGAAAGACAGUGAGUUGUCUACCACCACCCAGCAUGGCUAAAAGUGCAGAGGUCAAACUGGCAAUAUUUGGAAGAGCAGGCGUUGGCAAGUCAGCUCUUGUAGUGAGAUUUCUGACCAAACGGUUCAUCUGGGAAUAUGACCCCACCCUUGAAUCAACCUACCGACACCAAGCAACCAUCGAUGAUGAAGUUGUCACCAUGGAGAUACUAGACACUGCUGGUCAGGAAGACACCAUUCAGAGGGAAGGACACAUGCGAUGGGGAGAAGGCUUUGUGCUAGUCUAUGACAUUACUGACCGAGGAAGUUUUGAGGAAAUGCUGCCCCUUAAGAACAUUCUGGAUGAGAUCAAAAAGCCCAAGAAUGUGACUCUCAUCUUGGUUGGAAACAAAGCUGACUUGGACCACUCCAGACAGGUCAGUACAGAAGAAGGGGAGAAGUUGGCUACGGAAUUGGCAUGUGCUUUCUAUGAGUGUUCUGCCUGCACCGGAGAAGGGAACAUCACGGAGAUAUUCUAUGAGCUGUGUCGAGAGGUGCGUCGCCGGAGGAUGGUCCAGGGAAAGACAAGGCGUCGCAGCUCCACCACGCACGUCAAGCAAGCCAUCAACAAGAUGCUAACCAAAAUCAGUAGUUAGGCAGCUUCAUUCUUGCGCAGGUCCUACCGAGGUGGGUCGGGUAAUUGGAAACACUUUCUUGCCCUUUUCCCUUUUUUAUGCCCCCAAAUAAAAGAAAAGACUCCAUUCCUUGUUCUGACUCUGAGAAAUGUCUGGGCUUCCCCCUUGUUUGCAGCCUCCUGUAUGUUGAGAAGUUAUAGAAUGUUUUAUGCAACUUUAGCGCUGACUUACUCCCUUUCCUGCUUGAAUAAGGUACACGUUAUUGCAGUUUGAACAUGUAAUCACCAGAGAAUCUGAAAUGGCUGCAUUCAUAUUAAGCUAUUUUUAGGCAUCUUCACUUUGCUUCAGUAGGUUGAAUUCUUUGCAGAGGCGUUUUUAUAUUCCAUUUCUUGUCAAAGACCACAAAUGAUCACCUUAGAAGUCUAUGAGAAUAGAAAAUACAGUGAAAAUGCAGGAAGAGUAGCUGCAAUAUCGGAGCAGGGAAUCAAGUCCUAGUUCCUAUUUGAAGCAAGGAUUUUCUGAAUUAUCUUAAAUUAUCUAGUUUUUCUUUCAUCUUUAUUUUGUUCUUAGAUUCAAACAUGUGCUCAACAGGUUUUCCAUUUGUAAUAGAGAGUUCCAUUUCAAUUUGAGUUGGUUCUCUCAGUGAUCUAUUGAUCAUCACACCCUAAUUCUUUUUGUAGCUCCAACAAGAUUUCAUUAUAACAGAGGCAACAGGACCCCUUAAUUCAGAACCUGCUGGUCCCUUUAUCACAAGCGCACAGUGAGGUAAAGACACUAAGACUCUUUUCACCAAACCCUGACUCUAUUGAAUGCUAACAGAGGGUUUAGAAUUAGAGAUGUCUGAUUCAUUUCUCUCUCCACUUAUCACCUUAGCAGAAAGACAACAGUCCAAAAAGCAGGAAAAUUAAGCAUGAAGCUAAACUACCCUUAGGUUGGGGAGCCAAGGUUCUGUGCCGGACAUAGUAAGAAAAAUUAGCCUCUGAUUCAUUGAGUUGGUUACAUGACUUCUUCUAAUACAAGAUGGGCAAAAGUAGGUUUACAGUUAU